AUGGUUUAAAGACAAAUUGAUCAGUUUUUUAAAAAAAGCACUCCUUAAAAAGGCUGUGCUCCUUCUCCUUUCAAAAAGUCUUAGGAGUCUCAAGAUGUUCACUCUUAAGACUCCAACUUGAGCCUCUAGCAUGUUCACACUCCAAAUUCAAGCUAAAGACUUUUGUUUCAUGAUUCAACUUCCAGUAAUCCUAAUAAGCGCACAUACUCCUAGUUACUUCAGCAAAGUCCUGAAAGCAUUUAAUCAGAAAAUUCCCUACUCAACUAUUUUUCGGUUCAAAAAAUUAAGCAUUCAAAAGCCAACACUCUAAUUAGUUAGAAUAAUGAAGAUAUUUGCCAAGAAACCUAAUCGUCUAUCUUAGAUUUAUUAAAAAAUAAGAAACAAAAGCUGAAUGAAGACUCAAACAGUGUAUUCACUUACUUAAGGCAAGACAAACUUGAAGAUUCAAGACUUUUAUUUUCUUAGUUGAACUCAUUAAAAAAUAUCGAUAAAUUUGCUGAAUACUAACCAAAAUGGACUCUCCCAAUUAAUAUAAUGCUGAAAAUUUUAAGCUUCUUAGAGAUGAAGGAUUUGUUUAUCACUAUGUAGGUGAAUAGAAAUUGGAAAUAUAGUUCGUAAAAAUGCUUAAAAAACUAUCAUUUAUAUUUCCAAGAAUUCAGUAUAAAUAAUCUAACAAAAACUCACUUUAAUUACCUAAAGAAUAACUCUGAACUUAUUCAUAUAAAAUACAUUACUCAGCUCUUUAAGAAACAAAAAAUUGAUUCACUUUUUGAAAUAUUUAAAUUUUCAUUUAAGCUGUCUUAAGACUACAAUCAAGAUAAAUCAGACAAAAUGUUUGAAACCAUCAUUAUUUAGGCUGAUUCAAAUCGUUUAAAAUAUGUAAGUGUAAAAACUCUCAAAAAAAUGCUUGAAAAAAGCAGAAAUUCCAUAAAAAUUCUUUGUAUCAAAAAUUUAGACCUACCUAAAGAGGUCUAUCAAUAUAUCCACAACUGUCGUGAACUAGAGGAACUUUAUCUCCAAAACAAUUAUGAAAUUGAUGAUAGUAUUGUACAAGGCAUUAGCAGUAGAUGUAAAAAGCUUAAAAUUCUGUAACUUUCUUACUGCCCUUUAAUAGAAGAUUAAAGUAUAGAUUGUAUUUCAAGUAUAUCGAACUUGUAAAGACUUGAUCUGAGCAACAAUCACAACUUAAAAUUCUAGAACAUUAGCAAGCUUUAAAACAAUAAAAAUUUAAUUUCUCUAAGUCUUAAGAAUACAAAAAUAAACAAUCAAUGCUUAGAGUCUUUGUUGAAUAGCUUGUAGAAAGUUAGAAGAUUAAAUUUAGAUAAAUCCAAGGAAUUUAAUUUUUUGACAGUAAAAAUAUUGAAUACUAAAAUACCUAAAUCAGUGAGAUUUCUUUCAAUAGAUGAAAACAAUGUUUUUAGUGAGAAUUAAAUAAAUGAUCUACUUGAAAAAAACGAAGGUAUCUUACGUUUAAACGUGACCACAAAUUGCAACUCUGAAAGAGUCUAAAUGAAAUUACUUUAAAAUAAGCUCAAUAUGAUUUUUAAGAAUAUAGAAUCAGGGAUCAGGAGAUCUCAAUAAAGUGUAUUCAACAUGCUAAAAGCAUAUAAGAAUAACAAAAUUAAUUACUUUAUUAUCGAGGAUUGA